CUAUCAAUCUCUUUCGUUGCUUGCUUUCCGCUGAAAAAGAUGUGUUCUUGCCUACUACCCACACCCUGCAAUCCAAAGGGAUGCAAGUCUAACACAAAAAUCUGCCCAAUAUUCUCAUGUCCCCAUGGUUUCCUAGCCCAAGAUGUGCAUGGAGGCAUGGAGCUUUGCCUCUCGAUCUCCAGCAGGGGAGAAGUCAAAUCCUGAAAGCCUUACCUGCAUGGAAGGGGGAGGAGGAGACCCCCAGCCGAGCGUCUCCCUGCAGGCUCGCACUCCAUCCGAAGGCGGGGCGGCCGUGGACCUGGACCUUCUCGAGCAGCUCCUGUCCGGCGACAACGGCUGGUUCGAGGUGGUGUCACGCUCGCCCAACUCGCUGGUGUCUCCCCCACCUGCGGCCUUCUUCUCAGCAGACGUGACGGCGACUGCGGCGGCGGCGACGACGCAGGCCGCGAGCAGCUGGUGGAUUCAGACGGGCGGCGGUGCAAGCCCCUCUUCCGUGCGGGAGAGGUUCAGCCAGGCUCUGUCCUACAUCCGGGAGACGCAGAGCGAUGGCGACGUGCUCGUACAGCUCUGGGUGCCCGUCAACCGUGGUGACGGGCAGCUUGUGCUGACCACGAGCGGCCAGCCGUUCACGCUCGACCAGCGCUCUGACAGCCUCAUCCGGUUCAGGGAGGUGUCCACCAAGUACCAGUUCUCGGCCGACGUCAAGUCGGGGGACUCGCCGGGGCUGCCAGGGAGGGUUUUCAUUGGCAGGCUACCCGAGUGGUCGCCGGACAUCAGGUACUUCACCAGCUACGAGUAUCCCAGGGUAAGGGAUGCACAGUACCUCGAUAUCCACGGCACCAUGGGGCUGCCUGUGUUCGAGAAGGAGAGCUACAACUGCCUGGGCGUCAUCGAGCUGAUCAUGACAAGGCAGAAGCUCAACUUCACCUCUGAGCUCAACACCAUCUGCAGUGCUCUCCAGGCGGUUAAUCUGAGAAGCACAGAAGUUUCAAGCGUUCCACGCAUGCAGUUCAGCACUGCUUCCUACAAAGAUGCUUUACCAGAGAUACUGGAAGUCCUGAGAGCAGCUUGCCUCACCCACAAGCUGCCAUUAGCUCAGACCUGGGUCACAUGUGCUCAGCAAGGAAAACGGGGCAGCCGACAUUCCGAUGAGAACUAUCGAUACUGCAUCUCCACCAUUGACGAAGCAUGCUUUGUGAAUGAACCAAAGAUGCAAGACUUCCAUGAUGCCUGCUCUGAGCACCACCUACUGCGGGGGCAGGGUGUUGCAGGGAAAGCCUUCACCACAAACCAGCCAUGCUUCCUGCCAGAUAUUGGAUCCUCAACUAAACUGGAAUAUCCAUUGUCUCACCAUGCUAAGAUCUUUGACUUAAAGGGUGCGGUAGCGAUUCGACUGCGGUGCACGCGCACUGGGACGGCUGACUUCGUGCUGGAAUUCUUUCUGCCAACAGAUUGUGAAGCACUUGAGGAGCAGAAGGUAGUUCUGGACUCCUUGUCAGGUACCAUGCGAAGUGUUUGCCAAACUCUACGUGUGGUCACUGACAAAGAGAUGGAAGACGAAGCGAUAUGGGAAAUGAAUGAGCUGAACUCAUUUACUCCUCAGGGGAAGAACAAAGUUGAGGAGUUGUCCUUUGGAGGCAGUUCAGCAGAUCGUAGAGGAGAGGCCUCUUGGACAAGUCUAGCAGAAACUUCACAGCAAGAAUCAGAAUUGGCUGCAAUGCAAAUGCAUGGAAUGUUCUCAUCUGGAGGGCAGGGUCCAUCUCUAUCUGGUGUUCAGGCAACUGCAGAAGGCAGCAAGGCAAAAAGGCGUACAAAGGCAGAGAAGACCGUGAGCUUGCAGGUUCUUCGGCAGUAUUUCGCUGGUAGCCUGAAAGAUGCAGCAAGGAGUCUUGGAGUGUGCCCUACAACCCUCAAAAGAAUAUGCAGACAGCAUGGUAUAACCCGCUGGCCAUCACGAAAGAUCAAAAAGGUAGACCACUCUCUAAGAAAGCUUCAACAGAUCAUUGAUUCGGUUCACGGAGCAGAGACAUCUUUCCAGCUCAACACCUUGUACAAGGAUCUCACAAACACCUCAAUAUCAUCUGAAAACAAUUUGUCAGGAAGUAACACCGUUCCUCCAACUAAUCAGAGCAAUCUUACCAACUUUGACAAGCACCGACACCACAAAUCAAAUAGCAUUGUGCCAUCAACUUCACACUCACACUCAUCGUGCAGCCACAAUUCUGAUUCAAGCCCCUCGUGUAGCGGUGGUGCAACAAAACAUGCACCACAGGGUAUAAUUGAUCUGAUGAAGUCAGGAAAUCCUGUAAAAGACAGCCCUAUUCAGACUCUGCAAACAGAAAACACUUCACUAUAUGAGCAUUUCUCAGUUAAUGAGGCACCGACGAAUCUUCUACAGGAUGUUACUGAAAAGGCUAAUGGUGGACUACAUUCUAAACGAAGCCCAUCAUCCCCCAAGCAUAAUGCAGAAGCAAAUAUGAGAGUAAAGGCCACAUUUGGCUCAGAAAAGGUGAGGUUCAGAUUGAACCCCGAGUGCAACUUUCAAGAACUGAAGUAUGAGAUAGCAAAACGUUUGAGCAUAGUAGACACAAGCUCCUUGAUUUUGAAGUACUUGGAUGAUGAUUCAGAGUGGGUCUUGAUGACAUGUGAUGCAGAUUUACAGGAGUGCCUUCAUGUAUACAAACUAGCAGAUAUUCAAACAAUCAAAAUUUCAGUUCAUUUAGCUGUUAGUCCAGCUGCAAGGGUCACUACUGGUCACACUGGUUUGUCAUGACAACAGUAUGAACCUCUCCGCUUUAUGAGGUUUACUCAGAAUUCUACCUGGAUUACUUGGUUUUAUACCGGGGAAACCGAGAGUCCACAUUUUGUAGUCUGCAAGAUACUAUCAACUGUGUGACACCACAUCCCAGUUCUGCUGUUAGAUCGAUUAGUUCUCGAUCUAUUGCCCAGGUUAGGAACUGAUGAUGAAACUAGAUUACUUCAUAAUGGGAAGGUCAAUUCUUGGAAUUAGGAUAAACAAAGUAAGUAUGCAUUGCUUGUAAAUACUCUCAAUGAUGCAUCUGAAUCUAUGAAAGACAAUGCAAUUGAUUGGGUUGCUAGGGUGGGUGAAGUAUCUAUAAAUCAGAUUUUCUCCAACUCUCCAAGUAUGUUUUGGUUCUUGGAAUACUGAUGUGCAACAAUCCUUGAAGGCUGCUUUCGGAUGAUUGAUCAUCUACAACAGUUCUGAUAACAUUCCUUCAUUGGCUGAGUGAUCAGCAUGCUCUGUUCAAUGGACAUGAAGUUCUGCUUCUGAAAUUGCAAUUUUCUGCAGCAAGGAUUAGUUUUAGAAAUAGGAUGAUAGGAUACUUACUUUGUUCAAUUUGUUUGUCUGUUUAAAAAAAAUUGUAUGGUACACUCAUUCUACAUGACAGGACUCUUUGGAAAGAAUGUCUGCUCCUGUAGACAUUAUAGACUUUUUCUUUAAGUUCCUUUUCUUUACGAAGCUUUCA